AGGUAUUUAUUUUGUAGUCGCAUGAAUUGGUAGAAGACAGUUCUCAGCCUUUGGCCAAUUUUGCAUUCAGUCUGCAGCAGUAAAUUGUGGGCGGCGCGACGUGGUUGCCCGACGGAAAUAUCCUCCAUGCCUUCUAUAUAAAAGCACUGCACGCCGUCGCCGAUAAGACAACCUUUGUUUCUUAGUUCUAAAUUUACAUUCGAUUGUGUAAAGUGCGGACAAAAUAAAAUAUGAAUGGGUUCUAUGAACAUAGCAUAUUGGCAAAGCUCAAUACAAGGUGAUUUUAAAUGACGAACGCAAAGGAGUCUCUUGAUAAUGUUUACAAACAAAAAUGAAAAGUUCACUUUGUGAAAGCAAAUUGUGAGGUCGCAAAGUGAUAAUUUAUGGAAAAUAAUUCUAGUGAGUGAUACACUUUGUAUACUAAUCUGUUGCAAGGCUGAACUUAUAUUUAUACAUCAUCCAUUAAAAAAUAAACAAAUAUCCUGUCAAACAGAAAAUAUUGUUAUAUAUUUUCAUUGUGAGUUAGCUGUAGCCACACAAAAUAAUGUUUUUUCAGGUACUAUACCUAGUUAUGUACAGCGCAUUCUGGUGAAAUAAACCGAAAACGACCUUUAAUAUGAGUAUUCCUCCUCAUUUGAGGAUUAAGAAGGCGUUCUCAGUUAGAACAACAAUAAGCAACAAGUUUUAAGUUCCACAGUAAUAAAUUUUAAUAAGAAAAAUAACUUCGAACAAGCUGCAUAAGAUGGCUUAAAAAUUUAUCCUACAAAAUAUUAACCCUACAAUUACUAAAUACCUAUUAAGAUGCAUUAUUAUCAAGAGUUUUGCUAUGAAGUCAAUGCUAAGCCACUUGAUCCUGUUUAGGUUAAGAGAAGAGAAUUGAAAAAGUACAGGUUGUUUUCUGUUCCCUAUGUACAGCUAUGGGGUUGCCUCGUAUGAACAGCGGUUCAAAAAGCCAACGUGCGGUCCAGUAACUCAUAUUAAUAUAUAUGCAAUCAUACACGCAAAGGCGAUAGAAGCUGAUUGGAAAAUAUUGACCUUGCAGUCAUUUGGAACCAUUGCCUAGAGGAAAUUCAUCUUUUGUAGAGAUAUAAACGAAAAAGAGGAGUGUGCGCGAAAGAGGUGCAGAAAAGUGCCAGAGGGCAUGUUUAUACCUGAAACACUAAGAAGCUGUAUGAUUGAGACGGACGUAUCUUCAUAUCUGCAAACACCAUCCUCAGGACAGGAUGAGUUUCAUCCGUUCAUCGAGGCUCUCCUUCCGUUUGUCAAAUCUUUUUCUUAUUCGUGGUUUAAUUUACAAGCAGCCAAGCGAAAAUAUUACAAAAAACAUGAAAAGCGCAUGUCACUGGAAGAGGAGCGGCACUGCAAAGACGAACUACAAAAUGAAAAAGCGGAGGUGAAACAAAAGUGGGCAUCCCGAUUGCUAGGAAAACUGCGUAAAGAUAUUACUCAGGAAUGCCGGGAAGAUUUCGUGCAAUCCAUCACUGGAAAGCGGAAGUCAAUUUGCGUUCUAUCGAAUCCUGACCAGAAAGGGAAAAUGCGACGAAUCGACUGUUUAAGACAAGCAGAUAAAGUGUGGCGUUUAGACUUGGUAAUGGUUAUACUUUUUAAAGCAAUACCACUUGAAAGCACUGAUGGAGAAAGAUUAGAAAAGAAUCCAGAAUGUACGCAUCCCAGCUUAUGUGUAAAUCCUUAUCACAUUAAUGUGUCGGUUCGGGAAUUGGAUUUGUAUUUAGCAAAUUUUAUCAACACACAUGAUACACUUCACAGUCCACCAACUCCAUCACCGACACCAACGUCAACAUCAUUAUUUUUAUAUAAUAAUGAGCACAGUCAUGUCAAUGCCAAUGGUAAUAUAAAUGGCAGUAAUACGAGCUUACACGAAGAAAAAAAAGAUGGCGAAUGUCGCACACAUAAAGGUUACAGCCAUAAUCCUUACAAUGGAGUUAUAUGUAAUGAUAUAAUAUUGGCCACUGGAGUUUUUUCAUCUAAAGAAUUGUGGAGGCUUUCAAAAGCUUCAAUAAUUGAUGAUACUAGUAGCGAUAUAUUAUCAACAAAUAUCAGUCAUAUUAAAAUGGAAAAUUCGGUCGGAGCAUACGAAUGUAGCACAUAUCAGCCACCACCACCGAUUUUAGGUGUUGGCGUAGAAGUCCCUGGUAAUUUAGCUGCAACGAGUAAUAUGUUAGCUAGGACAGACUCCAGCCGUUCAGUCGCUUCUGGCUCUUCUAUGGUUGUUUCUGCUGGAUAUAGUAUUGAUUUUGCUGAUCCGCAAAAUAUGAAUUUGCCUCCUUCACCAUUACUACGGUCCCAAGGAACCCCAUCAGUCUCAGCAUGUAAGUCAGACCCCUCUUCAUCGCCACCUGAUGCGGGUGGAAAUAUUUCAGCUAAUAACGGUUUUUCUGUGAUCUUGCGUCCUGGUGAUUCUACGGGUGCAAACGUACAAAGGAGCGAUUUAUCAACGCUGCAGAGAUACACGCCAACAUCAAAUCGCUCUUUGUUAAAUAUGGGCCAAAUGCGACCAAACGAAGUACUGAUCCAACAUAAUGUAACAUCUGCCGUGGUUACAAAUUCAAGCCCUGCGGCAAUGUACUACCAGCUGCGUAAUAGUCCUUCCGCUCCAUCGGACUCCAACGAUAAUAAUACUCAACCCAAUAGUCAUCAGCAAACGCAACAAUCUCAGCAUGAAGAUCAUCAGCAAAAUUUACAUACAUCACAAAUUACAGUAGCUGCGGCGGCAGCUACUACAACUGCCGCAAUUUCAAAAUAUUCUCCUGAGAUUGUGGAUGGCCACGAUAUUUCUGAGCUUGUAACUUAUGUUUGUCAAGAAAGCGAUGGAUUAAAUGAUGUUCAUCAUGCACCACAUCACAAUCAAACCCACUUUCAGUUACAAACGAUUGCUACUGAUACGAUAGCGCCUCCAAUUAAUCGAAAUCCAAAGUUGUCCUCUUCAGCUGUCUCAUCCGUUCACACGCCCUCUCAUUUUCAACAAUAUAGUACAAUGUUACCUCCGCCACCUUUGCCGCCAAUGGCACGCCCAGUGGCAAUAAUUAGGUCAACAGGUGAUUUAAUGAUGGUUGAGCAUCCGCCUUCAUCCGUAACACCUCCAAAUUCAAGUCAACUAUCAGUCAAAGUAUCAGGACGUCAUCAGCAACGUCUUCAGCAUCACACUCAGUCCCACACGGGAAUGCAUUCUCAACUUACCGACGUGAAGCAUGGCGAAUCAAAUCAUAAUAAUCAGAGCCCAAAUCCUUCCAGGAUAGUUAGUGGUGACAGCAGGAUUGCAACAACGACUUCAAGUACAAUUGAUGCCGGCACAGUUGUUGUAAAUUCUAAUAUGCAAAUUAACACCUCUACCGCAAGCGGUGGCAAUAAAAGUACUAGUAGUUCAACUGAUAUUUCGGCAGCAUGUUCGCCGCCUGCUUCGCUAAGUCCCCAAGGGCAUAUUGAUGUUGGGCGCAAUGCAAAAUCUUCCUCAAUUGGUCGUAUUACGGCGCAGUCGUACUCUGCUGCUACCAGCCGAGAGUAUUUUAAUCACUUUCAUACACAAACAACUCCAUUACUUGGGUAUACUAGUUCAAUUUCAACCAUUUCCGGCGUUCUAAGUCCAACUAGUUUAAGUUUAUAUUCAUCUCCGAUCACUGGUACUGCAAAUAUGCCCCAUCGAGCUACUGCGCGACCACGGUGGAACCCGCCAUUUUUAAUGGAAGAUGAAUUUAAUCUGAUGCCACAUUCGAUGCCUAACACAAAUGCUGAUAAUGGUGCGGUAAUAUUAAUGGAAGAUGCUGUCCGCUAUAAUGGAGAAUAUACUCAAAAUCGGGACUUUAUCGCGUGAUUAAUAAUGCCA